UUGCUACCCGCGGCGGACUUUGUCCUUCUCUCUGAUGAGGAAGUCUAAGCCGUACAUCGACAAAGUGCGGGUUUAAACCAUGAGCAGAGUUUGACUGGAAGCAAAAGCAACACAUAAGGAUCUAACAACAAAAGGUGAGUCCAGUCAGCAUGUUCAGGAAUAACAGCCCGUUUGGCUAUGAUACCAGCAGCUAUGCAGACUCACUCCAGUCCAAUGGUUAUUCCACGAUGGAUGAAGCCCCAUCACGGCUAUCAAAUAUGUCGAGGCCAAGUGCAAAAUCAAUUUACUCAGUGCAGAGGCAGGAGUAUGCAGCAUCAAUAAACAAGAUGAUGGGCAACUUUCAGUGCAGAGUGGAGCAUCUGUUCACCUGUGACCUGGACGGGAAGGAGCUGAAAAACAUCACAGACUGUGUGGACCGUUUGAACCUGCUGGAGGAGAUGGGUCAUGUGUGGGGUCAGAACAUGCUAUUGGAGGUGCAAGGCACCAAAAUGAUGCUCACAGACAUUGAAAACAAGGAGGAGCUGGAGUCGAUGCCUCUCAGUGACAUCCAGGAGUUCAACGCUGUGCUGGACGCCGGGGUGUUUAACUCUCUGCUCACAGUGUCAGUCCAGGCCAGGAAAAAACGCAACAUCACUGUCUUCAUGUUCCAGUGUGAUGAUGUCAGGGCCGACUACGUUGAAAAAUAUCUCUCACUAGCACUGACACGCCGGGGACAGAAUUCAGGCAUCAAAAAUGAAGUAGUGAAACCUGCAGUAGUCCCUAAACCCAGAGAGCCAGAGCCUGCAGCUGAACCAGCGUGGCAGUGGAGUGAGCCUGACUAUGAAGAAGACCAUUUGCAUGAUCCUGACAUGUUACUGCCUGAAGAUGAGGAGGAUGACGAGGAGCCCUUCAUGCGUAAAGACGUAUCUCGUUCAUACACGGAGCUGGACAGGAAUGUGGAUAUGUUGAAUCAUAUUUUAAGUGACGUCGAAAUCUUCAUGGGACAGUUAGCUGCAGCAGAAGCUAAAAAUGCAAAGAAGAAGAAGACGAAGAAGAAGAAGCAAAAGGGGAAAGUCAUGGACAGCAUGCCCACUCAAGAAGAAUUUGAAGACUGUCUCCAUAAAAUUAAAUUUGGCUUAAACCUGCUGGGGGAGCUCAAUGGAAAGAUCAACAAUCCCAGUGCUCCUGAUUUUGUCCACUCCUUUUUUGCCUCGUUAAAAUUCGUGGUGUCACACUGUUCUGAGGUUCUGCCGCCCAGCAUUGUGGCGCCGUUGCUGACGCCUCAGUGUAUCCGUCUCAUGAGUGAAGAGGCGUCCACAGAGGAGGACGAGCUGUGGCAGUCUCUGGGAGAUGCCUGGAACAUUCCCAGUACCCAGUGGCCAGAAGAUGAUGAGGACAUCCCAACCUACACCCCGCAGUUCUUCGAUGGCUGGCAGCCCCCUGAAGUCACUGCAGAACCUCCCCCCACUCCACCUCUGACCAGACAGAAGAGUGCACCCAAAUCUGUGGCCAGACCAAAGAGCCAGCAACCUGCACCCAGUAAACCAGUAACCAGGCAAGAGAGCCAGCAAUCUGCACCCAGUAAACCUGUGAGCAGUCAGAAGGAUCGGCAACCUGCGCCCAGUCAGACGUAUGCCAAUUGGAAACCUACACGCUCAAUGGAGCCAAAACUGCGAGAAGUGCGUGUGAAGUCUGACUUCAUCUCAAGAAACCAAAGAGAGCUCACCGUGAGAAAAGGAGAAAUAGUUCAGCUGCUGGACAAGACCAAGCAGUGGUGGAAAGUGAGGAAUGACAGAGGGGAGGAAGGCUUUGUCCCCAGUAAUAUCCUGAGCAAUAACAAUGAGCAACCUGAUGAAGAGGAAAUUGUGGCCUCUCCUGUCCUAACGAAGAGGUCCAAGCCUGCCGAAGUGAAAGCCUGGCUCGAAGACAAGGGCUUCAGUAAAAUCACUGUACGCUGUCUCGGCGUGGUGAGCGGCACUACGCUUCUGGGCAUGACCAGAGAGGAGCUGAAGGUGAUGUGUCCUGAGGAAGGAGGCCGAGUCUUCUUCCAGUUACAGGCAGUCAGGUCGCAGCUAGCCGCUGCCAGUUAAUGAGACCAGUGACGGGACAUCAAAGGGGACAGAAGAGGACCAAAAGAGGUCACCGAUGAUCAGACUCUGAAAACUUUGAGCUUUGAGUUUACAGUGAAUACUUACGUCUCGUUUGAAAUCAACUAAAUAUGCUAACAAUAUAUAUAUAUAUUAUAUAUGCUAUUAUUCUUUGUCAUUAUAACAUGCAUUCAAAUCUGUCGUCUUGUGUAAUAUCAGAUCAGAAAUCACUUGAAUUCUGUAAUAAAAAGUUGGAGUCUAAUUUGUCACAGCAUGACCUGUAAAUAAAAGUGUGACACAAGCUGGGUGAUUUAACAUGCUUUAUUUUGUUGUCGAGUCAUUACAUGUGAACCUCAGAGGCAUCUGAAUCUGUAAAACUCUGGCAGUCCAUCUCAAGCAAUAAGGCUACAGAUUACAGAUUAAUGGACAUAAAAUCAGGCAGAAUUUAAAAAAAAAAAAUGAUAAAAAUGAUAAUAAUAAUAAUAAUAAUAAUAAUGUCUAAACAGUUACAUGGCUGUAAAAACAAAGAAAAAAAAAAAAAAACAACCUCAGCUGAACACAAACACACACUGAGUACCAGAAUACUUAGAGCACUAUGAGGUUAGUAAUGUAAAUGAUGCCGAACACGUUAUCCGGAUUGUGAACUGUUAACGCCAUGUUUGAAUAUAUGCCGUGUUUCUGUGUUGGCUCCCACUCAGUGUUACUCGACUUCAUGUUUUUUCUCUCUGACCCUCAUGUGCUACUAUUUACUGAGCUCAAUCUCCGGUAUAUAUUGAAAUAUUGGUUUUAAUAAAACAAUACCAGAAACGUGAGAUCUCAAGUAAAAGGAGUUGUUGCUUUUUCUUUUUUCCUGACAGUUGGCUUCAAUAUAUAAAUUAUAUGAGUAAUAUAUUAAUUUGAACUAUGCAAAACUAUAAUGGGACUUAUGUAGUUUUCAGUAUGUCAGCAGUUGAUUGCUGUGAGUUGCAGUCUUGAAUACUGCUGCUGGGCUCCAAAAAGACAUGAUUUGUGAGGUAGGGUGUACUAUAUGUUGGACAUUAUUAACAUAAUAAACAGUAAACAACACGAUGUAAAGGUGAACGGAUAGAAACCGAACAGGUGGAAAAGUUUUAGUUAAUCAAAAAAA